UAGUUAUUUUUUGUCUUUCGCUCGCUGGCGACGAAGAUUGCGAUUGCGACGUGCUUUGUUGUCACCCAUCCAUAAGUGAAGAAAAAAAUUAUCCAAAAUUUCCUAAAAAUUCGAUAACUUUUCUAACCCAUUAACUCAACUUUGAAACGCUACUUACUUAACCCCGAAUUGAAAAAAAAAAAACAAAUCUACUACAAUUAUUAAUUGUGGGUUAAAAUUAAACAUUAAUCAAAUCAAACAGAAAAAAAACCUAAUCGAACAUUUUAAGGCGUGUUCCUACAUUUGUCAAAGGGGGGGUUGAGUGAAGACGUGUAUAACACACUGCAGGGCAAUCCAGUGUGCAAGUGCAACACUUUUUUCCAUUUAGAAAACGAAAUUUUUCUUCUUAUUUUUUCUGUUCUAAUUGUUUUUUUUUUCUCUUGUGAAUAUUGAAACUUCAAACGGGUGUGGUUCUCUUAUGUCAAAAAAAUAUAACAACAAAAAUCAAAUAAAACCUUUAACGUCAAAAAGUGCGGGAAUAUCGAUACCUAUUAUUCUCUGAGAAAAAAAUAUCAAAUUGUCUUUACGUACUUAACGAGUAACGACGUAGUAGAAUAAUUUUGACGUCGUCGUAUUGUUAGGUCAUUGGACAAACGGCCAUUAUAGCAGUGAAACAACAACAACAAAAAAAAAAACACAAGGACAUAGCGGUUCCAAAAAACGAUAAUUUCGCAAAAUUUCAUUCUGACAAUCGGUGUCAGCGCAACAAAAUACGUCAAAAAGUAAAAAAAAAAAAAAGAGUUGCCAAAGUGUGUGUUUUUGGUCUAUCUCAUCUGGUUGUCUAUUUUUUGUUUGUAAUUUGGUAUAAGCCUGUGUUGUUUUUCAUCUGUCAGUUGCUGUCAAAAUGAAGGUGAAGGUCGAAUUAAAUGAGAGUGCAUCAAAUUCGAAUGGUUCAUUUGCAAGUGAACCAGAAAAUAGUCAAAAUUCUGUUGAUUUUAAUAUUGGCGGUGCUGCGCAACAAAGGAAUAAUCUUAUCCUUGUCUCAUUAGAUGGCAUUCAAAGUGGUGUACCCACACUCACCACAUCAACAUUAACGCCAACAACAUUACGCAAUAUCGAACAAACAUUCAUCGAACUAACAGCUGAUCCACCAAAUACUGCACCCUAUCAAGCUGGUUUUGUUCCGCCCCGGGCGCCAUUUCAUUUACCCGAUUUCCAAAAUGAAACCAACAGUAUGUCAUCAUCGGAAGAUUCGCAAAAUUCGUGGCCCAAUACACCGAUGAUAAAUGAAGAAAAUUCCCUGGCCACAACAGAUACAUCAAGUGUAGCCACUACAAAUAAUGACAGUCCGUCCUUUCAAAGUAAUGGUACUGGCGGCGGUUGCAGUAAUGCCGCAUCUACCUCAAAUCAAGCUUGCAAUGAUUUCACAGGAGCUAUAGCACGUGAAGUUGCACGAACCAAAAACUCCUCCUCUUCAACCGGCAACACAAACACUCCGUCCCGCCGCAAUCAAGGUGGUCGUCGUCCGACAAAAGCAACAAACAUGUCACCCGAAGAAGAAGAAAAACGACGAGUUCGCCGAGAACGCAAUAAAUUGGCAGCAGCACGCUGUCGAAAACGUCGUGUCGAUCAAACAAAUGAACUUUUAGAUGAAGUUGCCGUCCUUGAGAAACGACAAAACUGUCUAAAGAAAGAAGUUCAAAGCCUUCACGAGGCCCGAGAACAACUGCAAAAAGUAUUGGAAGAACACAAUUUACAGUGUCGCAAAAUUCGACCAACCAACAAUAACAUUCUGAUGGAUACUUUUAAUGCUUGCGACACCGCCGGUCGUGGUUCGCCACUCGAUCUCAAGCCCGUUGUGCCAGACUUUGAUUUGAAGUGCGUCAAAAGUGAACCAAAUGACCAAUUCGACAGUCUCGAUGGACCCUCAUCACCAUCAAAUCCAGUCAUGCUAUCACACUCCUCGUCAGCCAUGGUGCCGCCAUUACCGAAUGUAUCAACGAUUUCAGCGUCCAUACCCUCAGUCACUGCUUUGAACACACCCACCAUCACAAAUUCACCUCCGCCCAUGUUGAAACCGGGCGGUCCUGCAAAACAACGACCCAGCUCGCUAAAUGUUCCCCUGCAAAUGAUGCAUGGUAUGGGUAAAACUGUGACAGAUAUAAACGGAGUUGCGAUAACAACGCCAUCUAGUGGAGUUAUGUUUAACUUUGACAGUCUUAUGGAUGGCGGCACUGGUCUCACUCCGGUUUCUGGCCCCCUAAUUCCAACGUGCUCGUCGCAAAAUAAGCAUCCCCUUGAGCUGUCCACACCCACCAGCGAACCAUCUAAGCUGGUCAGUUUAUAAUAGUUAAAUGAAUAUUAUUUGUAAACCAUAAUAACAACAAAAUGCUGACAGGAAAAAAUAUGAAAAAUAUGUAUUUUGUGCGAAAGAGAAGAAGAUUGUCGAAAAGAAAAGUGGGUUGGAAAGUAACUUUUAUUUUCUCCUCUCCCAAGGAGAACUUAUUGUUAUAAUCUUAAGGCAAAUGAUUUAUUUUUACUGUCCUAAAAAUUCUUUUGUAUUAUUUUUUUUUUUAAAUAUAAUAUUAUUAUUUUUGUUUUAUUUAUAUCUAGCGAAAGAAAAAAAAAAUAUAUUAAAAAAAAAAAAAAAGAAAGCAUUGUAAUUUAAUUUUUUUUAGAAGAUUUAAAACAUUAAAAGUUAAACCAACAAAAGAGAAGGCGUUGUGAUAUUUAAAAAAUAAAAUAAAACAUAAAUAAAAAAAUAAAAUAAAAAAGUCGAUUUAUUAUAAUAUAAAAAAAAAUUACAAAAUAAUAUUUAAAAAACAAAAAAAAAUAUUUCCUUAGCGCAAAAUCUAUAUAGCUAAAAAUAGAGAAGAAAAAGGAAAACGAGUUUCAUAAUUUUGUUUUUAAAUUUAAUUCUUUUAUAAAGAAAAAACAAAAAAAAAAAUAAAGUUUUUUAGAGAAAAAAAAAGUUAAAACAAAAAUGUUAACUCUUCAUUUCUAGUUCUAGAAUCAGGAAGUAAAAAUAUGUUUUUUUUUAAUUAAUUUUAAGCUGAAUCAAUCAUUAAAAUUUAUAAUAAUUUAAAUAUAAAAAACAAAAACUUAAAAAAAAAGCCUUUUUGUCGAUCGUUUAAAAAACAAUUCUAGAAGUGAAAAAUUAAAAUAAAAAACAAAACACAAAAUCACAUCUUAAAGAUAUAAAAAAAAUCUAUUUAUAAAUAUAUGCAGUAAGAAAAACCUUUGUCGCCUUGUGUUUUUUGUGCAAAAGCAAUAAUUAAUUAAAUGUGUAUUACUUUUUUUUUCAAUAGCAUAUAUUAUAAUUACUAUUUCUAUGACUUUUGAAAUAAAUAAAAUCAAAUUAACUAUAAAAUAAUAUUAAAUUACAUUUUGUAUAUUAAAAAAUAAAUUAAAAUAAACCAAAAGUAAAUAAAUUUAAAAUGUAGUGCAAACAAAUAAGAAAAAAAAAACAAUUUGCAUGUAUAAUGUACUAUAUAGUGUUAAAAAAACAAAAACUUAUUUGAUAAACACAAAUAUUAAAAAGAUUAAAAAAAUUAAAGUAUAUUAUAUAUUUUUUGACAAAAGCAAAACUAUAUUUUAAAAUAAAAACAAUUGUAAAGCCUAAUCAUUAAAAAUAAAAACACAAAUACAAUUACAAAAAAAAAGAAACAGUUUCAUAGUUUUUCUAUUCAAUCAAAAAGGAAAAAAAAAAUAA